UGUGACGUCUGUUCCGCCGUCCGCCUCGAGGUUGUGUUUACAGACAGAUUUGGCGGGAGAAGAUUAGACUAUCCGCUUUCGGUUUACGGCGCGUUCUAUUAAGCGCCGCGUGCGUCAAUGGCGGCGACUGUGUCAGCAGCUCCCGUGGAGUCGGAUUUGGACCGAGCUGAAGACGAGCCCCGGGGCACCGAGCCAGAGGAGGACGGAGGGAAUGGGCAAACUGGGCCCACCGCGGGCGCGCAGCAGAACCGCCUCGCCAAGUUACCGCUGUCCCGCAUCAAAACACUGAUGAAAGCAGAUCCGGAUGUGAGUCUGGCGAGUCAAGAGUCCGUGUUCAUCAUAGCUAAAGCCACGGAGCUUUUUGUUGAAAUGAUUGCAAAGGACGCUCUUGUUUAUGCCCAACAGGGAAAGAGAAAAACUCUUCAACGCAAAGACUUGGAUAAUGCUAUUGAAGCAAUAGAUGAAUUUGCAUUUUUGGAAGGUACCCUGGACUGACUGAAAAGGUGCAUACAUAUGAAUAUAAAGACUGUCAACAAGUUCCCUCUCAUAUUCGAGAAAUCAAAAGAGAGGCAAACUGGCUGAACAUGUUUUUUAUUAUUAUUGUGAUGUUGGUAUGCUUGGGCAGUUUGAAAAUAUUGUAUAGUUGUCAAAGUUGUAAAAUGCCAAUUGUAUUUUUCUCUGUUGUCCAAUUCUUAUAACCAUGUAUAGUGUUUAAAUAAAGUGAAGCUCUUUUA